UUCUAUUGACUUAAAGUGGUGUAACUGAUUGAUAGAUAAAACCUCACAUUCUUAACAUUAUUGAGGGAUUUGGGCCUAUUCAGCAUUUCAAUUUAAAGACAUAAAUCACGCAAACUGCUUAUAGGUUUACUAUGGUUGAAGAUAAUUAUAUGUCCCCCUCUGAGUUUAUUCUCCUGGGCUUCACAAACAGGGAAGACCUGUGGGUGAUGUGCUUUGUCUUAUUCCUUGCCAUCUAUGUGGUUACCUUCAUAGGAAACCUGGGAGUAACUGCAUUAAUCAGAAUGGAUUCCUAACUACACACCCCCAUGUACUUCUUCCUAAGCCACUUGUCUCUCCUGGAUGUCUGCUACUCUUCUAACAUCAUCCCUCAAGCCUUGCUCAGUGUUCUAGUGGAGAAGAAGGUGAUUUCCUUCAUUAGAUGUGCCACUCAGCUCUUCUGCUUUGCAACCUGUGCCACAACCGAGUGCUACAUGCUCUCUGCUAUGGCUUAUGAUCGCUACAUGGCCAUUUGUAACCCCCUUUCCUACUCCAUGGUCAUGUCCCAAAGGCUUUGCAUUGGGAUGUUGGCUAGUGCCUACUUAGCUGGCGUGAUCAGCUCUACCAUACACACGGUUUCCAUAUCUCGUCUCCCGCUCUGUUGUUCCAAGACGAUCAAUCACUUCUUCUGUGAUGGACCACCACUGCUAGCCCUCUCCUGCUCUGACACCCCUGCCAUCGAGGUGAUGGUUGCUGCCGUGGUGGGGUUCAAGGUACUGAGCACCACGGUCUUCAUCCUCAUCUCCUACUUUUUGGUCCUUUCCACUGUCAUGCGAAUGCAGUCUGUGGUUGGUCAACACAAAGCUUUCUUCACCUGUGCCUCUCACUUCAUCUCCAUUGCUUUGUACUAUGGCAGCUCCCUCUUCAAGUACCUGCUCUGCAUCUCCAGCCAGUCCUCAAAGCAUGACGAGGUGAUCUCCAUGCUGCACUCUCUGGCUGUCCCCAUGCUGAACCCGCUCAUCUACAGCCUAAGAAAUGUGGAUAUGAAGAAUGCCAUGAGGAAAGCAAAAAGUAGAGUCCUCUCCUUUUUAUUCAUUCACGGUUCCUAUGAAAGGAGAGGGCUACCCUGCCCUGGUGAGGAGAAGAAGGUAGCUGGAUAUUGCACGUUCAAGGAUGGCUGGAUAUUGCACCUUGAAGAGGAUGGUUGGAUAUAG